AUGGCGGGGGCGGACGCAUCGCUCCAGCAACAGAUUGUGAAUGCCGUGGCGUCGUCGCACGACGGGACGUACAGCGCAACGGAGUUUCUUUUGUCGACCACGAACUCCCCGGCAUUCGAAAGCAUCGUCCAGUGGCUGUUGACAGGAACUCCGGAGUUCCCGCCUCUGACGCUCUCCGAGUCGCGCGCGUUUCCGCUCCUCGUUGAGGGCUCGCUUGAGCGAGCGAAGCAGCAGACGGCGGACCCGAGCCUUCUCUUUCUGCAGUACACCCAACAGAAAGAGGAUUUCCUGGCGGCCGCGCAGUUUGUCGGCUUUAAUAUUCUGCUCCAAGGCAUCCAGGAGAAGUGGGAGGGAGCCUGGAGCGAAGAACAGAAACAGACGCUGAAAAGAUCCAUUCUGUCCGUCAUCGUCGGGCCCGACCUCGCGCCGCUCGCGGAGCUCCCCGCCGAGAGCAUUCUGUCGGGUGUCCGUACACCCCAGAUUGGCGAUUUGGACCGCGGAGGCAAGGGCAGCGUUCUCGUCCUGAAGACGCACGCUUCGCGCAUGAAAUGUGCGCAGGUUUUGAAUGCCAUUUGCCAGCGGGAAUGGCCACAAAAGUGGCCCGGAGUCCUGCCUUGUCUCGUGGUGAAAGCGACACGCGUGCCCUCGGACAGCCUCGCGAGGCAGUGCACGGGUGUCGAGAAGGACGGAGACACUGGAGAGACCCAGGCGCGAGAAAACCAGACAGAUGAAGCCUUCGCCGCCGCCUGCGUCCUUCUCGGACUCGUGCGCGAGCUGUCACAGGAGGCGAAGGAAGAAACACGGGCGAACAUGUCUCUGAAACGAAGAAUUCAAAUCGCUCAAGGCCUAGAAGGCGCAGUCCAGUACUUGCUUCGGCCUCUCGGCAUCUUCCUCAGCGCGUUCCAGCAACACCGACAUGUGAGCCACCUCCGGCCGCUUAUCGUCGAAUUCUUGAGAGAGUUGGCAGGCGUUGUCGAGGUCUCGCUCAUUCUUCAGUUUCGCGACAUUCUUCUCUCGCUGGUCAAAGAAGGCGGCGAGGGCGGGGCUCUGGAAGACUGCCGGCUUCAGAUUCUCCAGACGUUCGACGUGUUGGUGGGCGGCCUGGCGAAGAAAAGAAGCAAGAAGCUCGCCGUCGACGCCGUGCCGGAAGAUGACCUCACUUCUCUCAUUCACUGCGUGAUCUACUUGGUCGCGUCUGCCAUGGCGCAAGCAGCGAACAACAAAUUCGAAGUGGACUCUGAGGCCUUUGACCUGGACGUCUCCCUCGCCGAGAUGGUCAAGCACCUGUGCGAGUCGUGUGCGGACCAGCUGCUGCGUCGCCUCGAUCCGCUCACGAUGUCGCUGCUCUGGCACGGCGCGAUUUUGCCUUUGAUGGCGCACCCGUCGUUGAAGAUUGCGAUGGCCGGCGUCGCGGCCUCGAUUGCGGUGGUCAAGCGCUUCCAGUUUUUCUCUGCAACCUUCCCUUCCGCGCGCUCGCCCAGUGAAAAGGCUUUCCUUCAGCUCCAGUGCGAGGCUCUCGCGCGGCAGCUCGGCCCCUGCUCGCCCCUGCAAACGGUGUAUCAGCAGGCCGUCGAGCAAGUCCGGGAGCAGACCUUUCCGAUCUGGUUCGACUUGAAAUCUUACCUGUCGCUGCUUUUUCUGCGAACGUUGCGGGUGGGGGAUCCUGCCCUGUUGGCGCCGCUUCUUCUCGCCGACAGCCCGGCAGAGACGCCCGCGUCGACUUCCUUCGCUGCGCUCCUUGACCAGCUCGUUGCGUCGCUCCUGCAAAGCACGGAACUGCCGGCGGCCCUCGCGCGCGCCGGCUGCAUGCUCGUGCGCCAGGACGAGGCCAAGAAAGUCCUCAGUGGGUGGGCGCAGCAGAGCGCGCAGGGCGACGGCGAAGGCGAGAAGAAGAAAAGCGACUGGCAGUCGCCCCUCCUCGAAUCCAUCGCCGCACUCCUCCCUGUCGGCAGAUACCCGCACGCAGUCAAAGGCUGGUACACCUCGGUCGCAGACUUCAGCGUGGCUGAGGACGAGCUGGGGACGGAUGCGCUUCAGGGCUUUGCGGCGCGGUACGCGGGCAUGAAGUCUUCAUCGCUGUUGCCCAUGGGUGUGGCGCUCUCGCUCACGCCGUACAGCGCGCGCCGAGUCGCCGAGGAGUUGACGGCGCUGGCGCAGCUCGCCUUGGGCCAUCCGUUCUUUGCGCGUCGAGGCGCGCUGCCCGACUUCUUGCUGCUGCUGCAGGCGCGCAAGCGACCGCUGCUGCCUGACAAGCAACAGCCGUGGGUCUGUCCGGCGUACCUCGUCCUGGAUUCGGCGCUGUCUUUCUUCGAGGCAUGCACGCAGCGACUCAAGUCCGCGUCGCUCACCUUCGCAGCGCUCCAAGGCUCUUCGCUGUCCUCCGCGGGGUCCACGCAGAUUUCCGCGGUCGAGUGGCUGCUGCCUGCGCAGGCUGCGGAGGCGCCCUGGGAGGCGCAGCUCGCCUCUCUCUUCGAAGCCAUCUUGGAUCUGAAACUCGUCGACCUCGACGCCAUUCUCUCAGGCAGACUCGCGUCGCAGCAGCAGGCUGCCUUCCUCAAGCAAACGUCGCCGGAUCUCACGGGCACUCAGUGGCCAGGCGGCGCGAACGCUGGGGGCGAGAAGGACGCGGAGGGAAAGGAUUUCUGUCUCUACGAGUAUCUGCUCGAAACGCGCAGGCUAGACUUUGUUGCCAGCUGCGCAUACUUCCUCAAUUACACACACGUCAAGGUCGACGCCGUCCUCGACCUCCUCUUCCGCCGGAUUCUCGCUGAGGCGCCGCCUUCGACAUCAGCGCCCGCCGCAUGCAGCAGUGGAACGUACCCCCUGACCGGCGAACAGCAGAUCUACCUCUGUCGACGCCGCGCACUCUACACGCUGAUUUCUCUCUGCACUUCAUGCCCCGCGGUGCUCAAAAACUACUUGCAGAUGAUGCUUCAGCAUGUCCAGGGGAGGCUGCAAGCUCAACAGGCACAGGUUCAGGACCCGGAGAAGAAUCUUCUCGUCGAAUCGCUCGUCUCGCUCAUUUCUGCAAGCCAGAUCUACACGGUUCAAGAAGAGCACACGUUGCCGCUAGUGCGCCCGUACGUUCACGAGCUCCUCCUCCUGUGUCAAAAGUUGGGGUCGGGAGACUUCGCGCCCCGGGCUGACCUGGGCCAGGGCGAAGCGGAGGCGCGUCAGCGCGAAGAAUCCAGGCAGAACCGCGUGGUUGGCCUCUUGCUUUUCCUCUUGGGCGAGCGACGCACGCCCUGCGCAGAGGGCGAAGCGCAGCAGCGAGCCGAAGACGGUCGGCGCCUUACGCAUAAAGAAGAAGACGUUCUCACGACCCAAAGGCGAUCUUUGGCGCGAGUGUUGUCCGCGCUGGAGAGCUGCAUCAAACGCACGACGCUUCCUGCAGACCCUGCGGCGGCACGCGCCGGGGGCUACCUGGUUGAUGCCUCUUCGUCAGUGUCUCUGGCGUCAUGUCUCUCCCCGCAAGAGGAGCAAAAACCGUUCGGAAAGGCGCUGGAAGAACUUCUGCUUGCGGCCGCAUCGCGCAUGGGGACCGACGAGCCCGCGCCGCUUCUGCCCAAGCGUCACCCGCUGGCUGCGCUCGUACGCGAGUUGGUUCCGGUGCUCUUUCAGCUUCUGGAGGCCUUUCAGCAUCUCUGGCGGCCCGAGCUCACACAACGUUGGCCAAUGUACCAGCCUCACUUGACGCUCGGCGAAGAAGAAUUCCUUUCUCUCCACGGUCACACGCCUCUCUCGUUCACCCCGUCUGCUCUCCUGGAUGCCGUCGCCCUCACGUUCCCCGCCCCCUCUGCUGCUGACUUCAACGGCGCUGCGGGUUUCGAGCCUUCCUCGACUUGCAGUGUAUUGACGGCGCCGGCGGAUUUGACUCCCGCGGGCAAGGCGUACGCGAAGAGCUCCACGCGUCUCAUUCGUCGCCACUUGUAUCAUUUGCGCUGUCUCCUGUAUCGCCUCCUCGGCACGUGCUGCUCUGUUCCUGAUGGCUUCUACUUGCUGCCAAAACUCGACGUCUACCUCGAAGAAACUUGCUUCGCCCCCAUCGCGUUUCUGCCCCUCCAGCAGCUGGAGCAGGAGCUCCGGCUCUUCUGGACGCCUCUCCUCGACUCCCUCAACCUCCCUCCUCAGCCUCCGUAUCCUUCGAAACAGUUGGUCUUGCUCUUCCUCCACCGCGGCGUCCAGAUGAUUGUCGCCCGGCUGAAUCGGGAGUGGGAGGCGAUCAGUCAAACGAAGCUCUCUCUGGAGAAUCGCAGCACACAGAGACAAGGCCGCGAGGAAGAGCGGGAUUUGAAUCUGUACAUGCUCCAGGUGUACGCAGCAGACGCUCUCGCGGACUCGUUGCUUACUGUGCUCAAAACCGUGCUCCAUCUCACGCGGCCGCAACAGCCCGUCGGCGGCGCGCUCUCUGGUGGCCAGAUGAACGACGCAGGAGUCUCCGAUCCCCUCUCGCAGGCGGCGUCGGCUGCGGGCCUGCCGUGUCCCGCGGGGAAGCGAACUCGGGAGCGAGGAAAGGGCGUGGAGGGCGCACUGGGGGAGGCAGACGAGGACCAUCUUGGAACAGAAGGCGACAGAGGGAUCAGGAAAAAGAACGACGAAGAGGCAACUGCGGCGUCCGCUGCUCACCUCGCGGAAAUGCGCAAGAGUAUGUACUCCUCGGGGUUGCUGCUGACCGCCGUCGUCGCGGCGCUCUUGCAGGCUCAGCGGUGGCCGAAUCCAAACACCAUCAUGGAGGCACAUAAUGUCAUGAGGACCUACGUCAGAUCGGCGACCAAGCUCUUCACGCCGAUCCCGCCGUGCACGGCGGAAAUCUGUGCACUUAUUCUCCGAGGGGUUAUGACAAGCUUCUUUGAAAAGAGGCAAUUCGAUCCGCUCGCUUUCGGCGACGGCAGCGCGUCAGUGGGAAUGCCUGCUUUCCCGCGCACAGAGGCCAGUCGAGGGGCGUGCGAGUCUGGCCAGGACCUUGCGAGCUGCACGCCUAUGCACGAGUUUUUGUCCAACUCGACACAGCGACCAGGAAAAGCAAACAGUGAUGCCAAUCGCAACACUCAGGUCAACACAUACACGGCGACGGUGUACCAGGUUUUGAAGGGCAUGUGCCGCAUUUUGGGAGACAAGGUGUCCUCUGUAGAAGGCCAGAAGCUGCAGCCGUCGUCCCUCCUGCUCUGUCCAUACACUCUAGGCGCGUUCAAUUUCCUCCGUAGCACUGAGACCCCUGUGCGUUUGAGCGAUGACGAGUUUGAACGGUUUGUUACAGCGAUGGUCCAGAAUGAUAGCAAAGAGGGAAAGGCUUUCGUGAAAGAGUUCUUCCAGAAGAACUGGGAGUGCAUGCAAAGGGCGGAGAGAAAGCUGCCGACUCUCCAGUUCAAGAUCAACGAUCUUCCAGACCAACCGAGUGUUUCACUUGCAAAACUUCAAACUCUGGGAUCGUGCGACCUUGGCUCAACGUUUUUGUCUUCUAUUCUGUAA